GAACACCUUGCCCCUUUGUUUUGAUUUCGAACCGCGCGGCUUCGCGAUUUUUGCAAGCAGAGUCAUUCCAAACGUUUUCUGCAGUCGAUGUUGAUAGUGAUUUUAGUUAAGAAAGAUCUUCCAGAGUGACCAUUUCCACAUGGAUCAAACAAAUCAACCAGAUUGCGGAGAGCAACAGGACGAGGCCGGUUCCAGGGAGAAUGUCCCCCAAAACGGCACCUCGGAAACCGUGAAAUGCCCCGAACCACAGAAACCGGAAGUGACCCGUGACCUGAAACGGCUAGCUGGACCACUCACGGGCCAAACCGUCAAACGAAAGAAGAAGCUAUUUUUGUACGGGAACUACGACCGCUACUACGGCUACCGGAACAACCGCGAGGCGCCCAAGGAGGACGUCCGGCUGCCGGUUUUCAUGGAACAGCGCGCGUUCAUCGAGGGCAAGCGCAUGUUGGACAUUGGCUGCAACAACGGAUCGUUGACGCUGCUCAUCGCGGAACAUUGCCGGCCGGCGAGCGUGGUCGGAAUCGACAUCGAUCGGAAUUUGAUCGGAGCCGCGCGGAAUAACCUGGCGGUGAGGCAAAAGGCUUGCGACUCGGAAGCGCUUCAAAAUGUUCAGUUUCGGCAUAUAAACUACGUUUACGCGGACGAAGAACUGCUGGAGUGCGAAAAACCGCAGUAUGACGUGAUAUUCUGUCUGUCCGUGACCAAGUGGAUCCAGCUGAACUUUGGCGAUGCCGGCGUUAAAUUAGCGUUUCGGCGAGCGUACCGGCAGCUGCACCCGGGUGGUCGAUUUGUGUUGGAACCGCAACCCUGGGAUAGUUACAAGCAUCGGAAGAAGCUGUCGCCGGAGAUCUUGGCGAACUUUCGGGCGAUCCAGUUCCGACCGGACGCGUUCCGGGAGUACUUGCUGGGCGAUGAGGUUGGCUUUCGGGAGGUUAUGGAGUUGAAGAUUCCGUCGGGUGGUGCGGGAAGCAAGGGCUUUCGGAGGCCGAUUUACGUUUUUCAAAAGUGAUGAUUAGAUUUAAGUUAGUUAUUUGAAUUUUUCAAUUGAAAUUUACCCAAUAAAAAUGCAGGAAUUUUCUCAAGGAGAGCACAGUCAAA